AUGUCAGAUAAAAUUCAAUUAACAACAAAACAAAAACCUUCGACUGAUGGUAAAAUUGAUACAUAUAUACGUCGUGCAGCUGAACAUUUACAUAUACGUCCAUGGCAAAUAAUAUCAUAUGAAUUAACUGAUCAAAUAGUUCCAAGAAUAUUUUAUGUUAAUUAUCGUACAUCAAUUGAAAAUAAUAAUAUACAAACACAACAUUCAAUUGGUUAUGAACGAACAAUUAAUAAUUGUUCAAAACGUGUUAAUGGUUUAUUACCACGUUGUUCACAAAUAUAUUAUUUAUAUGAAUAUCGUUUAGAUGAAAAUCAUUUUCAUACUUAUUAUACAGAUAUAAUGACUGAUUUAAGUAAUCCAAAUAUUGAAGGUGUUUAUGAAAUGAAUGUACCAUUAGAUUUUCGUUUACUUAUUACACUUGGCUCUAUAUGUUCAUUAGGUAAAGAACAACAACGUACAAAUAUACUUUCAAAUUUAUAUCAAUUUGAUGAAUUAGAAUUUUUAUCAUUAUCAGAACAAACAUAUUUACAAUCAGGUACAUUACAAUGUAUUUAUUUAUAUAUACAUCAAGAUAAUGGAAAGUUAUUUAUUGCUUUAUUUAUACCAAAUAAUUCUCGUGUAUUCAUUGGUAUAUUAGAUAGUAUUAGAGAAAAUCAUAUACCUAAUUUAAAUAAAUUAUUAAAAAAUGAAUGUGAAAAACGAUUACAAAAAGGUAUUGAUACAAAUUUAUUACCAAUAAAUGAACAUCAAUUUGAAGUUAAAGUUGAUACCGAUAUACAAAAUAUUUGGAAAAGAUUUAAUAAAAUUAUUGCAAAUCUUCGUGAAAAUGAUAUGGAAACUCGUACAUUAUCAAUCUAUUUGGCUAUGCAAUCAAAUAUUUCUAUAUGUGAUCUUCAAUCAUCAAUGUUAUCAUCAUUAAAUGAUUAUCCAAAAGUAACAUUAUCAAUAAAAGAUAAAACUAAUUUAUAUAAAGGUCUUGAUUGGCAACGAACAGCAGCUCGUCAUGCAUUACAACAUUAUGCAAAUGCAAAUAUAAUACUUGUUAAUAUGCUUGAACAAUGUCGAUAUCUUCAUAUUCCAUUAGGAAAUUUUCCUGAUGAUCCAUGUUUAUUUGCAUGUGAUUUAUUUUAUGCUCGACAUUUAAUAAAACAUAAUCAUUUAUUAUGGUGUUCAUUAACAGAUCAACCUGAUUUAAGUGGAAAAGAACAAGAUGAUUAUCGAAUGUUAUUAACAGCUGAUAUAAAUGAUCAAAAUGGAAAUAACCAACAUAUUAAUUCAACUGAUAAUAUAUUUAAAAAUGCAAAUGAUGAAAUUCAUUCGAAUAAACAAAAUCAUCCAUUUGAAAUAAAUCAUUCAGGAUUUUAUCCAAUAUCAUGUAUUGAGUUUGAACUUGUUGAUUUAGCUAUAUGUGCUGUAUUAAAUUUUCAAAAAAUUCAUAAAGCUGAAGGAUCAAAUUUUGAUCUUGAUUUUGGUACAACUGUACAAAAUCCAUUAGGUGGUCCGGGUGUCGUUCCAUCUAUCAAUAAUACUUCAAUGACAGCAUAUGAUGAAACAUCCCAAUGUCUACCCGCAUUACGUCUUCUUCGAUAA